AUGACCACCUGGGCAUGGAUGCAACAAGGCGCAAAGCCUUCAGUCAAGAACAAUGGAAGCAAUAAUGAGUCCAACGAGGACAAAGACAUCAUGGACGACAACCGACCUCUGAUUUCGGAUCUCUUGACAGAACACCGCGAGCGAAUCGAUGAGUUCCAGACUCAGCUGAGCAAAGAUGAUUUGUACGAUAAAGAUAAGCAUGACGAUCUGUGGAUGCUGAGAUUUCUUCUAAGCCACAAAAAGGACUUGGACAAGGCGCUCUCCGCUGCGAAGGAAACGCUUCAAUUUCGAAAAAAGUACAACCUUGAUGACAAAGACAUUCGGUCAGUCCCACCUCAAGACAUCAAAGAGCCCGAUGGUGUAACAAGCCGAGGGUUCCAAUGCUUUCUAAACAAUGGAGUCCCGAGAGAUGCAGUACGUCUGGUUGCACCAGCAAAUGAGAAGUCCCAUGCUGUGGUUGUUUACUUCAGCAUUAAGGACAUCGAUACUCAUAAGCUUGCAGAAGUGAAACAAGAGGAUUGGGUUGCUGGUAUGGUUUAUGCGAACGAAUGGCAAUUUCAGUGGAACGAUUAUACUUCAAGGACUACUGGCCGACUCACUAAAUCGAUACACAUCAUUGAUGUUUCGGACAUUAAUCUGUCGAUGAGAGACUCCACCACACAAGAAAAGUACGCUAAAGCUGGCAAGGAGCUACAGAACUGUUAUCCCCAGGGUGUUGAAUCAUACUUUGUCUGCAACGCUCCUUUCUGGAUUCAAGGCCCAUGGAAACUUUUGAAACCUCUUCUCCCAGUGCGAGUUGUUUCGAAACUAGAUUUUCUGAAUCCAAAAGAAAACGAGCCAGAUCGCGACCAGAUCCUACGAUUCUUGCCCUCUAGUCAACUCCCAACACAGUUUGGAGGAGUCUCUGCUCACUGA